UUCACAUCCUUCAACAGCGCCACUAAAGUGGUACAGGAAAAGAUCAGUAAAUAUGGAAUUUGGGAAUGCAAAACACGAGGUUCUCUAGUUUACGUUGUAGUACGUUUACCAUCUCAGUACUUUUGCAUCUUGGCCAACCAUCGUUUCUCAAGUUCAGCUGCAUUGGCAGCUCUGGUAUGGAAUCUAACAGGGGGCAGAAUGGAAUUCAACUACUGCUGGGAGCUGAACAAGAGGCUCAGCACAUUGUCAAUGCUGCCAGAAAUGAUAAAUUGGCCAGAUUAAAACAGGCCAAAGAAGAAGCUGAGAAGGAGAUUGCUGAGUUUCGUGCUCAGAUAGAACUUGAGUUUCAGAGAAAGGUUUCGGAGAGCAGUGGGGAUGCAGGUGCUAAUGUGAAGCGACUUGAGCAAGAGACAGUGGCAAAGAUCCGUCACCUAAAGACACAGGCUGCAAGAAUAUCAUAUGAUGUCAUACAGAUGCUUCUAAAGCAUGUGACCACUGUGAAGAACUAAAUUCCUGAAAAAGCUUGGCAGUUGCUUGGAUAUUCUCUAUUUUGCUUCUACUUCACCGUAGAAGUUGGAAAUUCUUCUGGUGGCAGUGACAUUGUUUGUAUUUAUGGCUCCCAUAUUAGUUAAUUUUGUUCCUUUUAUAAAAUAAAUGAUUCACUU